AAGUUACAUUCUUCAGUUUGCACUCGUCUUGUUCCUCUUUUUUCCUUGUUGCUCAUACAAUGGCAAGGGUGUCGACAGAUUCUCUAAUUAUUGGGAGAGUCAUAGGAGAUGUUCUUGAAUCUUUCACCCCAACCAUAAAAAUGACUGUAACUUUCAAUAAAAAGCAACAAGUCUACAAUGGCCAUGAGUUCUUCCCUUCCACAGUCACCACAAGGCCAAGGGUUGAGAUUGGAGGAGGUGAUAUGAGAUCCUUCUUUACACUGAUUAUGACAGACCCGGAUGUCCCUGGACCUAGUGAUCCUUAUCUGAGAGAGCAUUUGCACUGGAUGGUGACAGACAUUCCAGGCACCACAAAUGCCUCAUUUGGCAAUGUGUUGGUGAGCUAUGAAGUGCCAAAGCCUAACAUAGGGAUACACAGGUAUGUGUUUGUCCUGUUCAAGCAAAAACAUAGGCAGUGUAUAACGACUCCACCUUCUUCAAGGGAUCACUUCAACACACGCAAAUUCUCAGCUGAGAAUGACCUUGGCCUCCCUGUUGCUGCUGUCUACUUCAAUGCACAGAGGGAAACGGCUGCUAGAAGACGCUAGCUUACCUACCUACUACUACCUCAUCAAUAAAAUAUAGCUAUCUUCAUGUGCCUUCAAUCAUAUAUUAUUAGCUUGCAGAAAUUUUGUCAUUAUUGUCUCUUUUUAACUUUAAUUAGUUUUAUGGAUGAAAAGUAAUUUGAAGCUCAUGCAAUUUAGAUGCUGUGGUAUGAUUUGUUAGGGAAAAUUAUGGCAUGUGUCACAAGGGUGAAUUAUUCCAAGAUAAUUGUGGAUGUUAAACGUUCCUUUAAUAACUCUAUGGAGUUAUAAACCUUCAUGAAAAAAUGGAAUUAUAUAUAUAUACU